AUGAACACGCUUCUCGCUCUGUUCUCCCUUCUCGCCGUGGCUUCUGCCCAAUACCUGUACUAUCCAACGAGCUAUUACACUCCAUAUUACUACUAUUAUCCAACCGUUGCCACAACACAAAACGACGCUACAGCAUAUCAGCAGACUUAUCAACAAACUUAUGCUCAACAACCAUCCCAACAGUAUCAGCAACCAACUCAAUAUGCUCAAGGAAGCCAACAAUACUCGAAUGUUCAGCGAGAUCAAUCCGGAAAUGUUCAGACUACUGGAGCUGUGGCUGCUCAGCCACUUUACUACUACACCUAUCCAUACUAUUAUUACACCUAUGGAAAGUAG